AGGUGCAGCAUAUAUGGCAACAAUGCACAUACAACUCAUUCCUAUAAUAGGGCUGCUCCUUAUGGGCAGUGUAUUCUCCCAAUAUGCUCAGUAUGGUUAUGAUUAUGGUUCACCAGAUGAUUACUAUUCAAACUUCGCUAUGGGACCUUCUACUGCUAACUGUGCCCCAGAAUGUAAUUGUCCGGCAAACUACCCAUCUGCAAUGUAUUGUGACAAUCUUAAAUUAAAGAAAAUUCCUAUGGUCCCUUCUGGCAUUCAAUAUUUGUACCUCCAGAACAAUAUGAUUGAGGGCAUAGAUGAUGAUGCAUUUAAAAAUGUGACCAAUCUCAAAUGGUUGAUUCUAGACCACAAUCACCUGACCAAUGCAAAUAUUAAGAAAAAUGCAUUCUCUAAGCUAAAGGAGCUACAGAAACUUUAUAUAAGCUUCAACAAUCUCACUGAACUUGUGGGGCCACUACCAAAGACCAUGGAUGACCUGCGUGUAACCAACAAUAAGCUCGCGAAGAUUACCCCUAACAUUUUAGAGGGCUUAGAGAACCUUACUGUUGUACAUCUACAACACAACAAACUGAAAGAAGAUUCUAUUUCUGGUGCAUUUAAAGGCUUAAAAUCACUUGUGUACCUCGAUCUAAGCUAUAAUGAGCUCACAAAGUUACCAAUGGGAAUUCCAUCAGGCCUAAGCAUGCUUUACUUUGACAAUAAUAAAAUCAGCAAUAUUCCUGAUGAAUAUUUCCAAGGUUUCAAGGGGCUACAGUAUCUUCGCCUAUCUAACAAUCAGCUCAAAGAUGCUGGUGUACCUGGAAAUGCUUUCAAUAUCUCAACCCUUCUUGAGCUGGACCUUUCAUUUAAUUCACUUUCAACCAUUCCAGCAGUGAAUGAAGGCCUGGAAAACCUCUAUCUGCAAGUCAACAAAAUCCAGAAACUAACCGUAGGCAGCUUUUGUAAAGUCAUCGGCCCACUGGACUACUCCAGGAUCAGACACCUGCGUUUGGAUGGAAAACAACAUUACCCGAUCUGAAAUUCCCAAUGAGAUUCACAACUGCCUCCGCUUAGCUUCAGAUAUUGAGUUGUAA